UCUUAGCUUCAGCUUCUCUCUGGUUCUUUCCUUUACUCAUCCAUAAUACGGUGCGGCCCUUGAGAGCGUAUCGUUCUUUCCCUUUCGUUCAUCUCAUAUUAUAUCCAUUGAGCAAUAGAGAGGUGAUCCCAAACAAAACUGGUUUGCACCUUAUCUCACACAAUGGCGACCCAACGUACCUCGACUACCGUGGUGGUCGAGAAGCCCCAGAAGACCAACGAGCCUGUCUUCCCUGAUAUUCAGACCAUCAGAGAUGCCAUCCCGGCUCACUGCUUCGAGCCUUCGCUCGUGACUUCCUACUACUAUGUCGUCCGCGACCUCACCAUGGUCGCUGGCCUCGUCUGGGCUGCUCUCACCUACAUUCCCGGCAUCCAGGACCCCAUCCUGCGCGCCACCGCCUGGAUGGUCUAUGGCUUCGUCCAGGGUCUCAUCUGCACUGGUGUCUGGAUUCUUGGUCAUGAGUGCGGACACGGUGCCUUCUCCAAGAGCGACAAGGUGAACAACAUCACCGGCUGGGCCCUUCACUCCUUCCUUCUCGUCCCCUACUUCUCAUGGAAGUUCUCUCACCACCGCCACCACCGCUUCACCGGCCACAUGAAGAAGGACAUGGCCUUCGUUCCUGCCACCGCGCCCAAGCCUUCCAAGAAGCCCUUGUUCGGCAGCAUCGACCUCCACGAGCUCUUCGAGGACACUCCUAUUGCCCAGGCCAUUAGCCUGCUUACCCACCAGCUCUUCGGAUGGCAGGCGUACCUCUUCUUCAAUGCCACCGCUGGCAAGGGUAGCUUGCAGCACGAGGUCAACGGUCUCGGACGUUGGUUCGGCGUCAGCCACUUCGGCCCCACCAGUGCCGUCUUCCGUCCCAAUGAGGCCAUCUUCAUUGCCAUCUCUGACCUUGGCCUGGCCAUCACCUUCUCCGCCCUAUACUAUGCUUCCACCAUUCUCGACGUCUCCACCGUUGCUCUGCUCUACGCGGUCCCCUACUUCUGGGUCCACCACUGGCUCGUUGCCAUCACCUACCUCCACCACAACCACCCUGAGGUACACCACUACACCGAGGAGGGUUGGACUUUCGUCAAGGGUGCCAUUGCCACCGUUGACCGCGAGUUCGGCUUCAUCGGCAAGCACCUCUUCCACGGCAUCAUUGAGAAGCACGUCGUUCACCACCUGUUCCCUCGCAUUCCUUUCUACAAGGCUGACGAGGCUACUGAGGCCAUCAAGCCUGUCCUUGGCGACCUGUACAACCACGACGGCCGCAGCUUCUUGGGCCAGCUCUGGUCCGUCUUCGGCUCUCUCAAGUACGUUGAGAACGACCCCAACUGCCCCGGCGCCAUGAGAUGGGCCAAAUAGAGGGGGGUUGCUGUACAAACAACAAGACGGUUUUCUUUAGACGGACAUAAAGAGACAUAGAGGACAUAGACAUUUUUAGACUCAAAGACCGCAGAGUCAAAGCUUGAUAGAGCGGAAGCGCGUAUGGAGUUUAGAGGCAGGGGGAAUAGACCAAAAUUUCUAGACCAAAUGGCAGGGCCAAGGCUCAGAACUCUUUUGAAACUACAA